AUGUCGGCCUAUAGCCCGUACGGCUCUUACAGCUCUCUCUACACAACAUCAGCACCCAUGGAGAUUGGAUCAGGAAGCUUCCUGUCGAGGCCACGAUAUGCGACCAUGGACAGCUACAACACUACCAGUUUCCCUUCGUGGCCCAGGCGGUCCUCGCUUUCCGAGUCUGAGCAAGCCGACCACCCCGCGACUUCUUUCCUCUCGGACGAGGAUCUCAUCUUUGACACCGACCCCUUCUCAGAGGAUGACGCGCGCAGCGUCUCGAGCAGCGGCAGUGGCUCUUGCUCGCCAAACCAGCCAACCCGCUACGAUGUCCGCGCCGAGGAGGAAGAGGCACGGAGGCAACUCCAGCGUCAGCAAAAGGCUGCCCUGCAGCGUCAAGCACUGCAGAUGAUUCAGGAGGAGAAGGAGCGCCGCCGAACCAUGAGGCAACGCCAGCUCCAGCGCAGGAAGUCAAGCGGCCCGUCUACCAAGUCAAAGACGGCCAGUGCCGCCAUGGAUCCCAUCGCAGAGUGA